UCUGUCCGAGCGAUUCUGAGGGUGUUGGCUGACGAAAAGAUCGCCUCCAGUUUCAGAAGCUGGCACGCGUCUGUGCAGAAGGAAGGGAUUGAGGCCGUCGUGACCAUCGUUGAACUACUUGAUAAAGAAAAGGGCUUGAAUUCUUGCAGGAGAGAAGUUGUGAAGACAGUCGUAAAAGUUCUGAGGAGGAUGUUGCAUAGCGAUCAUCUCGACAAGACGACGAUCUGGGAACACCAUCGUUUGAUCGUCCUUGAACUCUGUAAUUCAUCUUCAGUUUGCACGCAGGUGAUAAGCUACUUGAUCUCGGAAUUGAAGAAACUCGCUUUAGUAGUGCCUGAAAUUUCUGAAGAAAAUGUGCUGAGUGCACUGGAAUUGCACGAUAAGUCCUACGUUAUUUUUCAUUCGCUUGACGUAAUCCUCAGAAAGUACAAAUCCGUUGCUUUGGCUUCCUCGACUGAUGAUAGAGUGAGUGCUUCUGAGAAGAUUCCGGAAGUUACGAAUCUUUGGAAGCGACAUUGGAGGGUCAACGAAAAAGAGCCUGAUAUCUUUCUAACGGGAUUGAAGAGACUGGAGGUCGUUGAGGACCAAGAAAACGACUGGUCCAGAGUACUGGAGGACUUGGUCGUGUCCACUACGCAAUAUUGGCCUCUGGUCAAAGUUAUGGCCUGGCAGUGUCUCUCUCUCCUUAAAUCAAAGGUCGAUAGUUCAUCCACGGGUGAUCAGUCAAAGUUUGAGAAUGAUAUUGAAUAAUCAAAGUCGAUGAUAAAUAAAUUUACACGAACGUGCAUUCAAUGAGAAUUCGGGUGUAAUAAACUUUUAAGCAAACGCAAAAAAAUCUACACCUUCUUGAACC